UUGCAAUUAAGGUACCGUGAUAUUCCGUGCAUCGACUCAUCACGUGUAAUUCUCAAAGGAAAGCAACCUGAUUACAUCAACGCAAAUUGGGUCAUUGCCGCUUCUGGGCAAAAAUACAUUUGCACACAGGGCCCUAUUCCUUCGACUGUACCCGAUUUCUGGCAAAUGGUUGUACAAGAACACUGUUGCACUAUAGUUAUGCUAUGUAGACUCGUGGAGUGUAAGUCAGUUCGUAACAAUGUAUCUUUCAAUGAGGACAAAAUUUUCUUCGGACACCUCGACAUAACUCUCGAUGGUGAGGCAUGCAGAACACGACUGUAUCCUUUUGGAUUGGCCUAA